AUGGCCAGCGCACGCCCAGGCACAAGCACAGAGGAGGAGAGGCGAGGGAGAGGGCCACCACACGUCAACCUACGGUGCUCGGCGGAGCCGACUUUAGGGGGGAAGAGGAAAAGGGGGGUCCCUCGCGAUACCCUCCGCCCGGAGGUUGGCCAUCGCGAACAUGACAUCUGGUACUUCCUGAUCAGGUCGCGGGCGGACGUGGACCAGCGGCUUCCAGAUGUCCGACAGCACCUUCUUGACACUCUUGGCUGCGAUCUCUCCCUCUGGAUCUGCUCAGCGUUCCUGUCUGGGCCCGCGUGGAUCUCAGAAGGAGCGCCGCCCACUGCCAGUCCAUGA